CACUUACUCAAGUCAGUCAUGGUCACAAAUUUUGAAAAACUUUAAUUUGCUGUGGAAAAUUGAACUUUUCAACCAUGAAAAUGCCAGCAUAUAUGGAGGUUGAUAAAGAGAAGAAUUACGUGGAUAAUUUGUUAUGUUUGGAUCAAGAAACAAGACUUGAAGCAGUUUCGAGCAUCAAGAAUAUUGUGAUUGGCAACAAGGCAAAAAAGAGUCUUCUGAUAGAUCUUGGGAUUAUUCCAAGAUUAAUCGAGGUCAUGUCCAGAGAAGAUGCAAGUCCUGAAUUUGUUGUUGAAGCAGUGGUGUUGCUGGGUAGUUUUGCAAGAGCAGGGACAAAGGAAAGUAUUGAUGUUCUUCUACGGCACCAUGCUCAUGAGGUACUUCUCAAAGGAAUUUGUCAUGAAAAUAGACAAAUAGUAGAAGCAUCGGCAAGAUCUCUACGGACCCUGUAUUUAUCUAACCAAACACCUUCUGACCCAAUAUAUGAGAACCCAAGUGUAGUCCCUCAUCUAGUAGAACUCCUGUCUGGUUCCUAUACUGAAGCUGAAAGUGCAGCCACCAUCAUUUCCAAAUGUUGUCAGAGCUCUUCACAUCAAGCUCUUUUGUGCAACACAGGAGCUAUUGAUGCUUUGCUGCCUCUGUUGUCGUGCAAUAUCCCUAAGAUUCAGCUACCAGCAUUGCAUUGUUAUGCAGCUGCGUCACACCAGAAUGGCUCUGUUUCAUUGGCUAUGAUGUCAGCUUCUUAUCAAGGACAAGGCCUUCUUGAAGUUCUGACAAAGUUAUUAUCUAGAGACGGACCAGAUAAUAUUCAGCUAGGAGCUGCAAAAUGUUUAACCAAUAUGUUCAGAGCAGGUGCCUACACAGCAGCAGACAACCAUGCACUUCUUCUUAAAGUUUUGAGUACAACUGUACGGCUAUGCAGAACAGACAAACCAGCCUGUAUGAGAGCUGAAGCUGCUGAAACUCUUGCUUAUCUUAUAGAGGAGGAUAUUGAGCUGCAGAGAUUGGCUGCUAUUUCAGACCACCUUAUCAAGACAAUGAUUGGUUUUCUCCAAAAAAAUGAUAUGGAUAAUGAUACCUAUGCUUUGAUGAGAGAGAGUGCCUUCAAAGCUUUAGCUUCACUGGGAGCAACUGAUGAAAAUAUUCGUAAGAAGAUAAUUGAAAAUGAUAGUACAAUGGACCAUGUAGUGACAGGCUUAGAGGACCCCAAUCCUCACGUCCAACUAGCUGCUGUCAAAUGCCUUCACAGCCUGUCUCGGUCAGUACAGCAGUUAAGGACAAGCUUUCAGGACACGGCUGUCUGGAAGCCUAUAAUCAAGAUAAUGAACAAUGCUGAUGAAGGAAUGUUAACUGUCUGCUCAUCGGCGCUGUGCAAUUUGUUGCUUGAAUUUUCACCGAGUAAAGAGCCAAUCCUAGAAGCUGGUGCGGUGGUAUUAUUGGCCAGUUUAACCAGAAGAUCAGAAAAAUCMUUGAAACUGAAUGGCAUCUGGGCGCUGAUGAACAUGGCCUACCAAGCAGAUGAAACAACCAAAAACAAGAUUAUGGAGGUACUGGGACCCGCACACUUAUUCAGUCUGUUAGAAGACCCUGAUACUGAUGUAGUUAUGAAGGCACUGGGGCUCAUGAGGAAUCUCUUAUCGGGACGAGAGGAUAUCAACCGCAUCAUGGAAAUGCACGGGAAUCAUGUGAUGGAGAGUGUUAAACCGAUCCUGGACAGUGAACUGCAGACAGUCCAAGUCAAAGAACAGGCUUUGUGCGUCAUAGCUAAUAUUGCUAAUGGUACUUCAGCGAAAGAGUUUAUCGUACGAGACGAAGUUUUACUAAAACGAUUAAUGCAUUACAUGAUGCACGAAAGCGUCAAGUUACAAAUGGCUGCGACCUACUGUAUCUCGAACCUCGUCUGGAAUACUGAAGAAGGAGCAUUAGAUCGGCAAAUAAAACUACGAGAUAUGGGUGUACAGAAACUGCUGCAGUCACUAUUAACAACAUCUGAUGCUCAUCUGUUUGAAAGGGUGAAGACAGCACUGCAGCAGUUCACGUGAAUCACAAAUGGGCCAAUGCAUUUGGCUUUUUAUAAAUGAAUCUUGACUUCCUGUAAUAUUGGAAAACUCCCCUCCCCCCCUCUACAUUUAUCAAUGAAUCUUAACUUCCUGUAGAAUUGGAAAAA